CUGAUACAGAAAGUGUUCGAAUAUCGCUGGGAAUUAAAACUAGAGUUAAAACAGUGUUACAGGUUCUCUACACCUUUUCACGUAAGUAAACAAAGUUUCAUCUACAAGAUGUUGUUAGCAUGAAAGUACACGUGAGAUUCCAUGUUUGCACGCGUACCUUUCACGUUCGUCGCCACGCACAACUCACGCAAUAACUAGGACGUUUUCUGUGUCGCAGUCAAUGCGCGUCCAUAGCUGCUAUCGACACCAUGAGCGCACGACGGCUUCUCUUCACAAUGGCGCUGUUGUCCGGAUAUCACAGUGGAGCGGAUAUAUAGAGCACUGGGCUAACCGGUGAAGAAAAAUGUCAGGCUACUAUGUGAGGGAAAGCGUGCGACAUAGAACAUUUUACUCACGCCAAUAUAAAAAAAACUAUACGUCUUUUUUGUCGGGAAUGUCGAUUGACACUGUCCCGUUUAAUUCCCGGGUGUUUAGCCCUAAAAUCUCACUGGUUUGCCUGAAAUACGCAGAAAGAACGACCCACCGUAUGCCAGCUCUUAUGCCUAACACUGACGUUUAGUUCUGCACCGAGAGAUAUGGCCUCUGUCGCGGCUUGGCUUCCAUUCGCCCGAGCGGCUGCUAUAGGCUGGGUUCCCAUCGCUAACAACCCUCUGCCUGCACCGCCGAUUGCCAAGCAGAAACAAGGUAUAGAGGAUGAAAAAUUUGUCAUCAAUGUUAGCGGUAUCAAGUUUGAAACUUGGAGGAACACAGUAGAAAAAUAUUCCGAUACUCUGCUGGGUUCGAACGAGAGAGAAUUUUUCUACGACGAGGUAUUAAAGGAGUAUUUCUUUGACAGAGAUCCUUAUCUAUUUCGGCAUAUCUUGAACUACUAUCGCACCGGUAAGUUGCACUUCUCCAAGUACGAGUGUCUCAUGGCCUACGACGAGGAGCUGGCUUUUUUCGGAAUCAUUCCCGAUGUUAUCGGCGACUGUUGUUACGAAGACUACCGGGACAAGAAGCGGGAAAACGUUGAACGAAUCAUGGACGACAAGCUGUCGGAGGAUAAGGAACAGACAGAUACGUCCAACUACACGAUCAGGGAGAAGAUGUGGCGAGCUUUCGAGAACCCUCACACCAGCACGGCGGCUCUGGUGUUUUAUUACGUGACGGGGUUUUUCAUCGCGGUGUCCGUGAUGGCCAACGUGGUGGAGACGGUUCCGUGCGGGUUUAUACCCGAGCUGGAAGACUCCCUCUCUUGCGGAGAGACGUACAAGAUCGCGUUCUUCUGCCUGGACACCGCGUGCGUGCUGAUGUUCACGGCUGAAUACCUACUACGUUUAUAUGCAGCACCCAGCAGGUGCCACUUCAUGCGGAGUGUCAUGUCAGUCAUCGAUGUCGUGGCGAUCCUUCCUUACUAUAUCAGUCUCGGUCUCACCGGCAACGAGGACCUAUCCGGAGCAUUUGUUACUCUAAGAGUUUUCCGGGUUUUCCGUAUCUUCAAGUUUUCCCGCCAUUCGCAAGGACUCCGAAUCUUAGGGUAUACUUUACAGAGUUGCGCCUCGGAGCUUGGGUUUCUCGUCUUCUCCCUGGCCAUGGCCAUCAUCAUCUUCGCCACGGUCAUGUUCUACGCAGAGAAGAAUGUCGAGAACACCAACUUCACCAGCAUCCCGUCAGCCUUCUGGUACACCAUCGUUACCAUGACAACGUUAGGGUAGGUACAAAGA